CUUUCCCGAUUUAAUUCGAAGAAGUAUCCAGUAUCUGAUUUCGUGCGAUCACUCAUCAAUCAUCAGGACAACUCGAAUCUGUUGUCAUACGAGAGUACUAUAAAAUAUGCCGAGUUCCCAAACUUGGAUCUGAAGGUUGACGAGAAACAGACGUUUGGUGAGAGAGUUACUUCUGAGCAUAUAGAGGUCUUCCGCAUCCUCAAUUGGCUCAGAGACUUCAAAGAGGUUCGUGAGAUAAUAGAGCUCACGGUCCCUGACAGACUCGUGAAUCCACACGAUGAAGUUGAUAUAGGAAACUACGUUAAGCAGUUUAAAGUCCAAGUUCUCAACUGGCGGUUUCUUGAUCUUUCUAUUACUAUCUUCUCUGACGAUGAGACCAAGAAGAGGAUCAGAGAACUUCAUUUAUAUGCAAGUGGCAAGCGAGCAGUCAUCAGCCACUGGUUUAGCGAAAUGGGGAUCUCAGUGCUUCCAAACGUGGGUACAAAGCAUCAAAUAUAUUCUAUCCUUGAAUAG